AUGUUAUUUAUUAAAAGAUUUUAUAGCAACGUCCAACGUAUUGCACAAAUCGUCAGUGCAAACAAACCUGGAGAUACACUGCAAGUACAGGGUUGGAUUAAAAAUGUAAGGCGGCUAAAGAAUAAUAUAUUUCUGGACAUCAACGAUGGUUCGACUAGCAACAAAUUCCAGCUUGUUGUGCCGCGUAACUCCGCCACACAGCAGCUGACAUCCGGCUGCGUUGUCAGUGCUGUUGGUUGUGUUCAGGUGGCGCCCAAUGGACACUACGAGCUGCACGCCGAUGAAGUGCAGCCAUUAGCUGAUGGUCACCUGCGCGAUGGCUAUCCAUUCUCGCCCAAACAGAAGCAUGCACCCGAGUAUGUUCGGGAGCAUCUACAUCUGCGUUCCCGCAUCGACUAUAUUGCCGCCCAAAUGCGUGUCAGGCACCGGGCACAGAAGGUGAUUCAUGACUAUAUGGACGAGCAACACUUUAUUCAGAUUAACACCCCCAUGUUGACUACCAAUGACUGUGAAGGCGCCGGCGAGGUGUUUCGUGUGCAACCCGAUUCGGAGCAGCUGCUCAAGCAAAUGGCACGUCCCAAUGUGGCUCCGGAACAGAGUUACUUUGAUCAGAAGGUUUUUCUAACCGUAUCCGGUCAGCUUCACUUGGAGGCCAUGUCCUAUGGGCUGGGUAACACGUAUACGUUGACGCCUGCAUUUCGUGCCGAAAAUUCCAAAUCUCCGUUGCAUUUGGCUGAGUUUUACAUGUUCGAAGCGGAGCUGGUCCAUAUGGAGCAGUUGGACAUGCUGGCAAAAUUUAUAGAACGUAUGCUAAAAGAGAUAAGCAAUCGUCUGCUCAAUGCUAAUGCUGCCGAUGUGCAUUUUUGCCAACAAAGUGCCAAUUCUAGCUCGGAUUUAGCCUGGCUACAAGUACCUUGGAAAAGGCUAUCAUAUGACGAGGCCCUAGCUCUAGUUGUGGCUAACAAAAGUAGUUUCAAAAGCGCAGUUGACGCUGAUGAGGGUUUCAGCAAGGAGCAGGAGCUGUUUCUAGUGCAACACUGUGGAACUCCAGUCUUCGUGAUGGACUGGCCGGCACGACAGAAACCCUUCUACAUGAAGACCUCGCGCAACAACCCAGAGCGUGUGGACGCCUUGGAUCUGUUGAUGCCAUCAGUGGGCGAGUUGUGCGGUGGUAGCCUGCGUGAGAGUGAUGCCGAGCGCCUUAAGAUGCAUCCACAGCUGCCCAAGGAUUUGUCCUGGUAUGUGGAACUGCGCAAAUACGGUGGAUUGCCAACCGGCGGAUUUGGCAUGGGCUUCGAGCGAUAUCUGCAGCUGCUGACGGGUGUUAAGAAUAUACGGGAUGUCAUACCGUUUCCUCGCUAUCCGCACAGCUGUAAAAUGUAACCACAACACUAAUCGAUUAUUGUAUAAAUUGUUGUUAUUUUUCGGAAAGU